AUGUCUACGACUCAGAGAAGUGAGGGAAUGAAUGCCUUUUUUGAUGGAUUUAUCAAUUCUACAACAACACUUCAACAAUUUGUGGUCCAAUACGACAAUGCACUUAGGGUAAAGGCGCAGAAGGAAAUAGAAGCCGACUUCUCCUCCAUGAACACCACUAUUGCAUGUGGUUCUCAAUCACCAAUUGAGAGACAAUUUCAAGUGGAAUACACACAUGCAAAGUUUGAGGAGGUCCAAACUGAAUUCCGUUCAAGGAUGAAUUGUUUCAUCAAAGUCACCUUAAAGGAGGACUUGUGGAACACUUACACUGUUAAAGAAGAACGAAUGUGGGAGGGUAAUCGUGUACCAGAUAAAUUUUACAAAGUUGAAUUUGAUCCCAUCACACAGACAACCACUUGUUCUUGCCAACUCUUUGACUUUAGAGGAAUUAUAUGUCGCCAUUCCCUCUUGGUAUUUGGUCAAGAAGAUGUUUACAGUGUUCCCUCACAAUACAUUUUGAGGCGCUGGAGCAAAAACAUUCGAAGAAGACACACACUAAUAACAACAUCGUAUAGUAAUUCCACAAAUGAACCACGCAUGCAAAGAUACAAACUGUUGUGCAAACGUUUUUAUGAAAUUGCUGAAGUUGCAUGUGAGUCUGAGGAAGCUAGUACUGAAUUGGAAAAAGAACUUCAUUCUUUGGGUACAAAAUUUGGGUUCAGUUCUUCCAUGACAAAUAACAUCAUCAGUGAUGCAGGCCAACUAAGAUACGAUACUGGUGCAUCCACGUCAAAACCACUUAGUGCAGUUGGAACAUCUGAUAUCCUUGUACACAGUCCUGCAACUGUUAAGCGAAAAGGACGUCCACGCACAAAUAGGUUGAAGUCCACUGUUGAGAAAAAAACCAAAAGAACAAAGUCAACUUCAUUCACAAACACUUCAACACCACCCACCGAACAAUGCGAAGAAAGACCAACUAAUGUUGUUGAUUGUGAUCACCGUGAACAAUUUCAAGCGGACACUAUCCAACUAUCACAAGAUACCGAAAUGGGUCAUUUUGGAUUUUUGUCUUUGUUGUCAGCUGUACAUAACAAUUUGGAUAACAACAUGAACUGA